GAACCACUUGCCUAUGUCUCAGUAGUAAUCUAAGUUGGUGUUGAAUUAUUUUCUAUUAAAUUUGGGCUAAGCCUUUGCCUGGGCUCCAAUUGUGCUCUGGAUUCCCCAUCUCUUUUAGAUAGUGUCUCCUGGAUUUAGGGCCCCUUUCAUUGCUGGCAGCAGGGUCUCCAAUCCCUGCCUCACCUCGGGCUCUACCCUCCCCAUGUACCUGCUGUGAUGUGAGGCCACAGGCCUCACACAUGUAUCAGAGAGGCUGUUAUUCUAAGAUUUCAAGGUAAGCGCGUUGCAGGGCAUUGCAGACCGAGUAUUUCAGGGUUUGUGAUAAAUCUCCCGAACUCUGGGGCAGAACGGUUCCAGGAAAAAAGAAAAUCACACAUGCUGCAGUGAUCAUUCACCAAAAGGUACAUCCUCAGCAGCAGGCAGCGAGCUGGCCUCUUUGUCCUUGGAUGAUAGCAUCAGGACAGCUGCUGACAGCUGCUGGAGGGUGGGGAGCGGUGCAGUUCCUGCUCGUUUCGUGUUCAGAGACUCACAUUUGCAGAAUCAGCAAAAUCCCAGCACUUCUGCUCACCAGUGGGUGCUGCAUCGGUUCAGGGAAAGCCUAUCUCUUCCACUUCCCUAGGGAUAGGGAAGAAGCCAUACAGUGUGGGAAGGGAAGAAAAAGAUUUCAGCGAGCUUAAAGAAAACUGGAAUAAGAAAGUCGGGGACAGGCAGGGGCCGAGAGGGGAAAGACCGUGGAGAUGGCACAGGUUAGAGUCCUAUGACAGUCUAGUUACUCAACAGGUAUUUUGUGUGUAUGCCUUCACCAGUGAAGAGGGUUUGAAGGAAUAUACUAGUUUUUCUCUCUGGUAGAUGCAAUUGUAGCAACUCUUUGUAACACUGUUUUUUAAUGCUCUUAAAUUUUUGAAGUCAUGGAUUCAACCAAAUGAGGGAAAAUUUAUUAUCACAUUGAAAAUAUUGGAAAAAAUUGUCUAUGUGACAAACAUUCUUUUCCAGGAGGGGUGGGAGGAAUGACUGUUUUGCAUAUAUUUUAUUUUAAUGGAUUGCAACUGAUUUUCUCUAUUUUUGACGGCACAAACUACAGCAUUGUUGAUGCUUGUUUUUAAUUCAAGUUCUUCAUUUGUAGUUUUCCUCAAUUCACCCAGCCGUUACCUGCAGAUGUUUCUAUUUCAGUCCUUUUUAAAGCCAGGCUUAAAGGAAAAAGAAGGAAGUUUGUAGCCCUAAGCAACUAUGUAUGUCACACUCGUGGCUUAAUAGCUAUAGAAUUCCUAACAAGGAUUCGAGGGUAUGCCUUUACUUUAAAAUUUUUAUUCUUCAUUUUAUUGAGAGUUUCUUGACUCUUCCACUUUUGUUAAGUGGAAGAUAUAUAAGGUGUUAACUUAUAUAUGGGAGAACUUCGAUAAGCAAGGCCGGGACAGCUUGAGCUCUGUCGAAUGUGCGAUGCCCUGGGGGGGGUGGCUGUAGUUCUCUUUCCUUCUGGGUGGGGGAAGGCAGAUGAAGCCAGUCGUGGCUCUACGGCACAUUGUCUUGGCAGUGUUUUCUAGAGCAUCACACUGCCCCUUUGUCAACUUGCUAGCCCUCCCUUUUUUUUUCCUGUUUCAUGAAAGGCACUUCUCCAUUCAUUGGCACCGUGCCUACAGUAAUGUGGAGCAGGCUGUGACCGGGUGUUAUUGGUGUUAAAGACUGCUUUCCAGAUGCAUCCUUGCAGGGUUGAGUUGCCUUCUUUCAUUGAGAUGAUUUUCUUUGAGACGUGAAGUUAGCAGGAAUUUCAGACAUAACACGUCUUUUCCGUAAAUCCUUAUCAGGAAAACUUGGCCUUCCUGUAGCAUGCCCUGCUUGUGUAGGCUACACCUCAUCAAAUAUUUAGAACUUGGUUGGUGUUUAUUUACUGCUCAAAUGGAAGGAAAGAGCCUCUGCCCGACCCUUUCACAACUACUGAACAGGUGCUUCUGGGACAAUGCAGAAGAAGGUAGACUUCCAGUUUUGUAACUGAGUGGACUCAGUUGGUGGGUGGGUUGUACAGGGCCUUCCAGAAAUAUCUAACCGACUCAAAAGACGGUGUUGGGACACUCAAGGUCUCUGAAGCUGAUACCCAGUCGAAGAGAACCGCCGCCUCAGAGUAGGCAUCAGGUGACCAACCUUGUAUCUCUUGCCUCUUCUCAAGCCUGCCCUUUUGAGCCAGCAAGCACUUAAGUAGCCAGGACUCACUGAAUCCACUGUGUGCCGUGGGCACGGGGUGCUCUCUGGACCAGCCACGAUUUGACACACUUCCUCUGUUUGGGGCAUUCCCUGCCUUCUGGUUGUUAGAAGCUACACAGACUGUCCAAUUUAGAUACAGACACAGACAUAGGCUCUCCUAUCAGGUGUACCACCUGUUGGAGUGAGGAGCUACUCAUGCAAAGAGGUGGGGUCUGGAGGCGCCCAGGCAGCCUCAGGGAGGUGCCAGCGGUGGGAAUUGUGGGUGUGCUUCUGGCUGCACCAUCCUAACCUGGUUUUCCAGCCCACCUGGGCGUCCAGGAACCUUGCACUCACUUUAAAGCGUCCCUUUUUUGCUCACAUUAAUCAGAGUUGAUUUUGGUUACUGCACAGUCUUGACUGAUAUAUCAUGUGGUGCUCAGAACAUCAUAAUUUCUAGUCCCUAAAAUAUUCCUGUUUAAUUAUGCUUUAAAGAGAAAAUUAAUAUUCAGUUUUGUUACUCCACAGUAGCCUGUCUGCCUUUUUUCUUGUUAGACACAGUUUCAAAUUUAAAUGUAAAAAAAGAUGCGUUUUUUAAGCAUCUGUAGCACAGUACCAAAUUAAAUUACCUUAGUAGUAAGAUAGGUAUAAUUUUUUAAAAUAGUGAUAUUUAUCUUUAAAAAUUAUGUAGAAGUUGUUUUUCCUUUAAUAUUACUGUCUGCUUAGCUCAUGACUAAAAAUGGGAAACUUAAAUACAUGUUUAUCCACACUCACGAGAGAGGGUAAUAGUGAUCUCAUUUAGCUAUAAGGUCCAUUCAUUCAUUCAGUAUAGAUGAACAUCUUCCAUGUACCCCCAGCAAACACAGACGUGUCCCCGCUUCUCGGAGCCCCAGGGCAGUGGGGCAGACAGAUAAUAGUCACUAGACUAUAAAUCGCCAGUGUGCCCGGCGCUGUGAGGACGGGUGCAAGAUGCCCAAGACCCACAGAAGGGAAAUUGCAUCAGCUUAGAAAGGUCAUAGCUCAGUGGCUGAGAGAUGAAUGGCAGGAGGAGCUGAGUUGUGAAGAGUUGAGGAGUGACCAGCUGGAUGGAAACCUGAACAUGCAAAGCCUUUGAGUGGAUGGUAGCAGGAGCUGUGUGGGAACCAGACAAAGGCCAUUAGCAGAUCACUGAGCCCAAGAGAUGAGCCUGCAGAGGCUGGUGGGAGCCAGAGCACCCCCGACUGUGGCAUCUAUGUUAAAACAUUGGCUUUGUCCUAGAAAGGGGGGAGGGAGGGGGAGCUGUAGCAUUGUUUUAAGCUGAGGUGGGUACAGUGACUCAAUUUGCAUUUCGGAAAGAGCAACGUGGAGAACAUAUCAGAGGGCCCAGGAGACCUGCUGGCAGGCCUGCCUGUGUCCUAGGACCUCCGAGCAGAAACGCCCCUUGGGGACCUGUGGCAUCAUGACUUCUGGGGCAGUCGGCUGAGCAGCAACACCAGCCACAAGUCCUACCGGCCUCUCACCGUCCUGACUUUCAGUCUUGCCUUCUUUGCACUUAAAAAUUUGACUGGCUUUCCUUUCGCUUUCCCUCUCCACGUAUUUUCUGUCCCACCCCUCUGAGAUCCCCUUGUCGUCUAUUUCCCCCUCUGCAGCUAACUGUUCUUACCUUCUCCAAUUUUCCUAGCUUAGCAGCACUAUUUAGCUGGGUGUUAUUUUAACCAACAUUGCACAACGUCUUUCUUUUCUCCUUUUAGUAUUUUUACUCACCAGCCUUUUCCUUUAGAUGGUUUGCAUUUUAUUUCAUGUGCUUCUGCGUGCCUGGUGUGAGCACCCUUCUUCUGCUACAGGAUUAACUACUAUUUGUCGGGAGGCUUCCACCCCGUGAGUUUCCACGUGGUCAACAUCCUCCUGCACGCUGGCAUCUCCGUCCUCAUGGUGGAUGUCUUCUCGGUGCUGUUUGGCGGCCUGCAGUACACCAGCAAAGGCCGGAGGUUAAACCUGGCCCCCAGGUCAUCCUUGCUGGCCGCUCUGCUGUUUGCUGUGCACCCGGUGCACACUGAGUGUGUUGCUGGUGUUGUGGGCCGUGCAGACCUCCUGGGUGCCCUGUUCUUUCUGUUGUCCUUCCUGGGCUACUGUAGAGCGUUUAGAGAAAGUAACAAGGAAGGGACCCAUUCUACAUUCUGGGUGUUGCUGAGCAUCCUUCUGGGCGCUGUGGCCAUGCUGUGCAAAGAGCAGGGGAUCACUGUGCUGGGUUUGAAUGCAGUCUUUGACAUCUUGGUGAUAGGCAAAUUAAAUGUUCUGGAAAUUGUCCAGAAGGUACUACACAAGGACAAGUCAUUAGAGUACAUUGGCGUGCUCAGAAAUGGGGGUCUCCUCUUCAGAAUGACCCUCCUGGCCGUGGGGGGAGCCGGGGUGCUCUACGUGCGCUGGAAAAUCAUGGGCACCGGCCCGCCACCCUUCACCGAGGUGGACAACCCCGCGUCCUUUGCCGACAGCGUGGUGGUCAGGGCCAUAAACUAUAAUUACUACUAUUCCUUGAAUGCCUGGCUGCUGCUGUGCCCCUGGUGGCUGUGUUUUGAUUGGUCAAUGGGCUGCAUCCCCCUCAUUAAGUCCGCCGGGGACUGGAGGGUAAUUGCACUGGCAGCACUCUGGUUCUGCCUAAUUGGCCUGAUAUGCCAAGCCCUGUGCUCUGCAGACAGUCACAGGAGAAGGAUCCUCACGCUGGGCCUGGGAUUCCUCGUUAUCCCGUUUCUCCCCGCAAGUAACCUGUUCUUCCGCGUGGGCUUUGUGGUGGCCGAGAGAGUCCUCUACCUGCCCAGUGCUGGGUACUGCAUGCUGCUGACGCUCGGCUGCGGAGCUCUCGGUAAACAUACACAGAGAAAGAAACUAAUCGCUGCUCUCGUACUGGGAAUUCUAUUCAUAAACACGCUGAGGUGCAUAAUUCGCAGCGGCGAGUGGCGGAGUGAAGAACAGCUCUUUAGAAGUGCCCUGUCUGUGUGCCCUCUCAAUGCUAAGGUUCACUACAAUGUUGGCAAAAACCUGGCUGAUAAUGGCAAUCAAACAGCUGCCAUCAGAUAUUAUAGGGAAGCUGUGAGAUUAAAUCCCAAGUAUGUUCAUGCCAUGAAUAAUCUUGGAAAUAUUUUAAAGGAAAGGAACGAGCUACAGGAAGCGGAGGAGCUGCUGUCUUUGGCUGUACAAAUACAGCCAGACUUUGCUGCGGCGUGGAUGAACUUAGGCAUCGUGCAGAACAGCCUGAAACGGUUCGAAGCUGCCGAGCACAGCUAUCGGACAGCAAUCAGACACAGAAGAAAGUACCCCGACUGUUACUACAACCUCGGGCGUUUGUAUGCAGAUCUGAAUCGUCAUGUGGAUGCGUUGAACGCAUGGAGAAAUGCCACUGUACUGAAGCCAGAGCACAGCCUGGCUUGGAACAACAUGAUCAUACUUCUUGAUAACACAGGUAAUUUAGCCCAAGCUGAAGCAGUUGGAAGAGAGGCGCUGGAAUUAAUACCUAACGAUCACUCUCUGAUGUUCUCGUUGGCAAACGUGCUGGGAAAGUCCCAGAAAUACAAGGAAUCUGAAGCAUUAUUCCUCAAAGCAAUUAAAGCUCAUCCAAAUACCGCAAGUUACCAUGGCAAUUUGGCUGUGCUCUAUCAUCGUUGGGGGCAUCUAGACUUGGCCAAAAAACACUAUGAAAUCUCUCUGCAGCUUGACCCCACGGCACCAGGAACUAAAGAGAAUUACGGUCUCCUACGACGAAAGCUGGAACAAAUGCAAAAGAAAGAUGUCUGAUCCUUUUUCUUCCAUUUGGUGUGUGUUUGAAUGCAUGAGGCAUAUCACUAAUAUUAUGUAGCUAUGUUUAAACAUUUAAAAAUCUUAUGUGUUCUUUUUAUUCUGUUUUUUUCUAUGAAAACAAAGACAUGCAAAAAGAUAACAGCACCAGCAGUAUACUCUUGAAUACGUGAUGUGGUUUUUGCAUUGGAGUUGUAUUUUUUCAGACCAUUCAAAUAUAAAUCCCAAAAUUUCCAGAAUGAAGUCUUUCUUAAUUAAAAAGAAAAAGAGAAAAAUAUUAUCUCAGCAACUUACAUUAGAAUUAACCCUGCCUUUGGGAUGUGAACCGUGUUGUGUAGACUAGCACUUAUUAAACAUCAGCUGUGAACAGGAAAUGACAAGCUGAUUCCUACAAUUUAUAUAAAUAUCAAAUGUGUCUGUAUAUUAGGCAUUUUAUUUAAUGACAACAAAGGGUAAAUUAAGAUUUUUGGGUUUUUUAAUCUUUUUUUUUUAAAUAAUAUAGUAUGAACUUCAUGUGUAAGGAAAUAUAUUUAUGUGUAUUUUUAUGCUCUGAACAGGGCAAAUAAUUGAGUGAAGAAUGGAAAUGUUAACAUCUAGUACAUUUAUAUACUUUUUCCUUCAUAGGAGGAAGUUCAUUCCUGCAAUACUUUUUGGAUUCUCCAACUCCUAUAGUUUCAUAACACAAAAAAUUGUGUAGCAUUCUACAUGAAUUGUUGCUAUUAAUAGAAAAUCCAAGCUAUGCUAUAGGCAAAAGCAGGCAGCCUGGUGUCUUUAUUUGUUAUAUCCAGUAUUAAGAGGGCUACACAUCUCUGUAAGUUGCUUUUUUACUGUUUUUAGCUGUAAAGCAGUUUACCAUCUGGCUUAAGGGAAUCCCAGUCAUCACUAUAUUCAGAAAACGCAAGAUGUGUAUUUUCUCUCAAAAGAAGCCACAUUUGGGGAGUUUGUGGUAUUUUUAAGAAUUGGAUUAUUUUUCUAUUUUAUUUGCUCAGAAUAAUCAUGUUUGUCUUGUUUCAUUCUUCUAUAUGUACUGUUGACCUAAUGAUUUACACAAUCUCUGUGAUUUCUUAUGCAGUAAAAUUAUUGCACAAAU